AAAACGCAGCGAGAUGGGAAACCGCAUGUUGACGUCAUAUGUGUGCGACACAGUCAAAGGAAGUUUCAGGAAGUUGUUUGCUGGGCGCAACGUGAGGGUGGAAGCCGGCUUGUAGUUGAAGUCUUUGAAUCGCCAGGGCUCAUUUGGAAUGGAUUAUUUAUCAAACUCUGGAGCCCUUGCUCUUGCAGCAGGAAUAGCGUGUGGUGUCUUUCUAGGCUGGAACAUGCGUGGCCGUUAUGGGUGCUCCCGAACCAUAAAGACCAUUGUUGCCAACGAGGCAGGAAGUGAAACCAGUAUUAUGGGAGAAAGCGGAGAGUUCAAAAUGAUAAUAGUUGUCCGCAAUGAUCUGAAAAUGGGAAAGGGCAAAGUAGCUGCACAGUGUUCACAUGCUGCUGUAUCUGCCUACAAACAACUUUUAAAGAGAAAUCCUGAAAUGCUUAAGCAAUGGGAAUAUUGUGGACAACCAAAGGUGGUUGUAAGAGCACCAGACGAAGAUUCUUUGGUAGAACUUCUCAGACAUGCUAAGGAGCUAGGAUUGACCAUUAGUUUGAUUCAGGAUGCAGGCCGUACACAGAUAGCGCCAGGAUCUAGAACAGUGCUCGGCGUUGGACCAGGACCUGCUGACUUAAUUGACAAAGUGACUGGACAUUUAAAGCUCUACUGAGAUUAAUGACAAGUUUGUUUUGGGGGGAAGCAACCAUUUUGUAACACCAAUGGCAAUGUAUUAACAUUACCAGUAUAAAGAAAUAUUUUAAAUGCUAAA